GCAUCUGGCAACAUUGACUAGCAGACAGCAUUCUUAAUUCCAUACCCCAUUUCUCUGCAUGUGUCUGUGACUUGUGUGAGUUGUGACUUAGAAGGAAAACUCGGCUUUUUCUACUAAUUUCUGACCUGUCCGUUAUGGAUUCACCUCCAAGCACUGGACGUCUGACUGGAGCUCAAAGAGAAGAAUUAAUUGAACAAGUGAAGCAGCAAGUAGCCAUUGCCACUGCGCAAGAACUUCUAACGAAAAUAUCCGAGAAAUGCUUCAAGAAAUGCAUAGCCAAGCCAAGCUCUUCUCUUGAUAGCUCUGAACAGAAAUGCAUUGCCAUGUGUAUGGAUCGUUACAUGGAUUCAUGGAAUUUGGUAUCUAAAGCUUACAGCAGCCGGAUCCAAAAGGAAAGCAUGAGAUAAAUAUUAUGUAUGUGUGGUACCCAUUGUAGAAUUCAUUACAUAAAAAAAAAAACUUGAUGCUUUUUAUUUAUUUAACAAGUCCAAAGACUGUUACUUGUAUUGUCACAUAGGGAUUUCUUUUGUGCUACAACAGUGAUGACACUGAGUGACUCCCAAGGUGUACAACAUUUAUCCAAGCUUGAUGAAAGGGUAUAGUUUGUUUUCAGAUUUCACGAAGAAAUCAAGGUAAAU